AUGUCUGUCGCUAGAACUGCUGGUUUUGCCCUCGCCUCCGCGGCCAUCGUCGCCGGUCACGGUUAUGUCACGGGAAUCGUCGCUGACGGCACAUACUACGGCGGUUACCUCGUUAACCAGUACCCUUACAGCAACGACCCCCCUGCAGUUGUUGGAUGGGCUGAGGAUGCUACCGACCUGGGUUUCGUUGAUGGCUCCGGCUACACCUCUGGCGAUAUCAUCUGCCACAAGGACGCUACCAACGCCCAGGCUUCUGCCACCGUCGCUGCUGGUGGCACCGUUGAGCUGCAGUGGACUGAGUGGCCUGAAUCCCACCACGGUCCCGUCAUCGACUACAUUGCCAGCUGCAACGGUGACUGCACAACCGUCGACAAGACCACCCUCGAAUGGGUCAAGAUUAGCGAGAGCGGUCUCGUUGACGGCAGCUCUGCCCCUGGCACCUGGGCCUCUGACAACCUGAUCUCCAACAACAACAGCUGGACCGUGACCAUCCCCAGCAGCCUCGCCGCCGGUGGCUACGUCCUCCGCCACGAGAUCAUCGCCCUCCACUCCGCCGGCAACGAGAAUGGCGCCCAGAACUACCCCCAGUGUGUCAACCUCGAGGUCACUGGCGGUGGCAGCGCCUCUCCCUCUGGUACCGUCGGUACUGAGCUUUACACCCCCACUGACCCUGGUAUCCUGGUCAACAUCUACACCUCCCUCGACUCCUACACCAUCCCCGGCCCUGCUCUCUGGGACGGUGCCUCUUCCAGCGGCGGAAACAGCGGCAGUGGUAGCGCCUCCUCCAGCGCCGCCGCCACCUCCACCCCUACCACUCCCAGCGUAAGCGUCCCUGUCAUCCCCACCGCUAGCUCUGGUGCCUCCUCUACCCCUCUCGUGCCCACCCCCAGCGCGCCUGCUGUGACCCCUUCGGUCCCUGCCGGCAACCAGGCCCCUCAGCCCACUUACACCUCCACCUACAUUGAGACUGAGACUUUGCCUGGUCAGACCGUUACCUCCACCACGACCGAGUACGCUUCCGAGCCUACCCAGCCCGCUGUCGAGACCCAGGUUGCUCAGCCCUCUGAGACCGAGGCUGCCACAUCCACUUCCACUGUCACCGAGACUGCCUCUGCCACCGCCGCCCCGACUGGCUCCUCUGGCUCUAGCUCUGGAUCUGGCUCCAGCAGCACCGAGCUCCCCACCGACAGCUCCAGCCUCUCCGACUACUUCUCCUCCCUGAGCGCAGAGGAGUUCCUCAACCUUCUGAAGGAGACCCUUAAGUGGUUGGUCACCGACAAGGUCCACGCUCGUUCCCUCCACUAA